CAUGUCACUCCAACCCUACCCUACUUGGUUCAGCAGUGGCGGUGGCCGUAUUACCCUUGACAAAUCAAACGUACAUGAGUCUAACCCACCUGAGUUUGAAGCUUUUGAUGUUUUGAGGCCAAGGGGACCCCCAGACGAAGAGACACAAGCUGCAACUUUGUCAGUAUUGAGCGUUGACAUGCGUGUGACGGAGAACAAAAAAGACCACAACACUGACAAGUACGUGAACUCCAACCUCAUCGUGCGCAGGAAUAAAGAGUUCACCAUCGUCAUCAAAUUUAACCGGGCCUUAAAAGAACAAGAGGACAAUGUGCAGUUGGAGUUCCUGAUUGGCAGUUCACCUGAUGAAAACAAGGGCACCUACAUCAUUUUACCCAUGGGUAAAGAGAAACCUGGCGUGCACUGGAAGAGUCGUGUGGUUGAAACGCAAGGCGAUUAUGUGACAGUGGGCAUAACACCAGACGCCAAAUGCAUCAUUGGCCGCUUCCGAAUCUUUGUUGUGGUAGUGAGUGAUUUGGGAAAACAGCGCACUGAGAGGAACCCUGACACCGAUUUCUAUGUGCUGUUCAAUCCUUGGGACCCCGAGGAUCAAGUGUACAUGGACAAAGAUGAAGACAGACAGGAAUACGUGAUGAAUGAUGUGGGUGUCAUCUACAAUGGAGAAUUCAACAACAUAACCUCCCGUUCAUGGAACUUUGGACAGUAUGAAGAGGGGGUUCUGGAUGCCUGUAUUUUGGUUCUGGAUUCUGGGAAAGUACCACUAGUGUUCCGUGGAAAUCCCACUGAAAUAGUUCGGCAAGGAUCAGCUCUGCUGAAUGCCCAGGAUGAUGAUGGUGUCAUGGUUGGCAACUGGAGUGGUGAAUACUCCGAAGGCACAGCACCCACUGCCUGGACAGGAAGUCCUGAAAUCCUGCUCAAAUAUGCCAAAGAGAGUAGUGUGCCUGUGUGCUUCGCUCAGUGCUGGGUGUUUGCCGGGGUGAUGAACACUUUUAUGCGCUGUCUCGGGAUCCCUGGACGGGUUAUCACCAAUUUCUGCUCUGCUCAUGACAACACGGGCAACCUGAAGACAGAUAUUGUGCUGGAUGAAAAUGGGAAAGUGGACCGAAGCCGAACUAAAGAUUCAGUCUGGAACUACCACUGCUGGAAUGAGGUGUACAUGAAGAGGCCGGAUCUGCCUGAACAGUUCUCUGGCUGGCAGGUGGUCGACUGCACUCCUCAGGAGACCAGUGAUGGUCUUUAUCGAUGUGGCCCGACGUCUGUCAAUGCCGUCAAAGAGGGAGAGCUCAGCUAUCCAUUCGAUGCAAAGUUUGUCUUUGCGGAGCUGAACAGUGAUGUGAUAUACCAUCAGUCUACUAAGCAAGGAAAAAUGAAGAUCAUCUAUGUGGACACCAUGUAUGUGGGGAAGCUUAUUCUGACUAAAAAACGGGACAGUAGUGAUUAUGAGGACAUCACUUCUAACUAUAAAUAUCCAGAAGGAAGCAUCAAGGAGAGAGAGAUCAUGCAGAAUGCAGAGCAUUCUGGCCUUGCUACCAGAGACUACAUGCCAAUCGCUGAAGCAGGUGUGGACAUCGAGCUCCAGGCUGACACCAUCAAAAUGGGCGACAACUUCAAGCUGACAAUGAUCAUAAAGAACCAGACCAGCCAAACCUGCACCGUCAAUGCCACCAUCACUGGCUGUGUGGUGUUUUACACCGGCGUCACCAGCUCGACCUUUAAGCUUGAAAACAAAACUGCAACUGUUGACGCCUCGAAGACCAAGUACCUGACGGUAGAUAUCAAUGCUGCGGAGUAUACACCCCACCUGGUGGAACAGGCCAAACUGCUCUUUGUGAUGUACGGGAGCAUUGAGGAAACCAACGCAUCCAUUACCACAAUGAAAGUUGUCACUCUUCUACCUCCUGAACUCACAAUAAAGAUGUCUGGAUCUCCCCGAGUUGGCAAAGAUCUCACGGUCACUGUGGAAUUCCUGAAUCCUUAUAAUUUCAUGCUGGAAAAGGUUCAGCUCCGACUUGAUGGGCCUGGUCUGAUACCGAUCAAAAUUAAAAAUUACAGCCAGAUAUUACCUGGUGGCUCCGUGAAAUAUAAAGUGCUGAUAGUCCCUCGGUCUCCUGGGAAGAAGGUGCUGAUGGCAUGCCUAGACUGCCCUUUACUGAGACAGGUCACCAACCAGCUGGAAAUCGAAGUAGUGAAAGAUUAAUGACUGAGUGAACAAGACACAGUGGCACAAG